AUCGUUGCCGGGCACACUACUGUGAGAUCGACGUCACUUGGGUAGUCGUUAUUGGCAAGAAUCAGAAUUGGGGAGAUGGGUUUUUGUUUUUACGCAGAUAGCUAUGGAGAAUUUAGGGUCUUUUUCACUAUAGGGCAGAAUAGACAUUUCAUAGGCUCAUUCAAUAACUCUUUUCAUUUUUUUCAUUCAAAAUUGUCCUAAAUUUUCAUUCUUGUCUUUGAGGGUCUUUUUGAAUCUUUAUACAUAUUCAAUCCCUCGUUUUCUUUUCACUCGAUUGUCGUCUUUUGAAGAGCUACCGGAUAUUUUUUAAGCCUUGCACUCUCUCAUAAGCUCUGAGGCUUCUUCUCAUGUGAAAACUUGGAAGAGAGAGAUGGCAGCAGCUUCAUUUAGGUGGAUACUUCAAUUACACAAGGACGUCCCUAAAGCGGCAAGAUUCUACUCUGAAGGCUUGGACUUCACUGUUAAUGUCUGCACUCUCCGUUGGGCGGAGCUUCAAUCUGGGCCUCUCAAGCUGGCUCUCAUGCAAUCCAAUGACCAUAUUGUCCAGCAAAAGGGUUAUUCUUCGCUGCUAUCAUUCACAGUGACAGAUAUUAACAGCACAGUGACCAAAUUAAUGGCAAUGGGAGCUGAACUAGACGGCUCCAUUAAGUAUGAAAUACACGGAAAGGUUGCGUCCAUGCGAUGUAUUGAUGGCCAUAUGUUGGGCCUUUAUGAACCAGCAUAAGAGCUCAGAGUUAACUUUCUUGAGUACUUGCAACAUAUGGUGGCAGCAGUGUGCUUACGGUUUCCUUAACUCCACCGAAGGCAUGGAGAAGACGUGGGAUAUCACAUUUUUCUUCGGAUUUCCUUGAAUAAUUGAUAGAGUUUGUUCGUCCAGGUCAAUUAGGGCAGUACACAGUGUGUAAAGCAUAGGGCCUGAAAACAUUAAGAAAAUUUUCAAAUGUAGGAUUGAAAGGACAGACAUAUUUAAAUCAUCUUAAUAUUUACCUGUCAUAUAGAUAGGAUAUUUCUUGUUAUCCAUAUCUCCUAGAACCGACAGGAAAUCAUUUUUUGAUUCUUUUGGCAGGUCAUUAGCUCGUUUCUGCCUGCUUAUGGAAUUUGGAUCUUGUACCUGUUUUUCAAAAGAAUUAAAUUUGACUUCAAUACCUUAACGUAAAUGAUCACUUGGCAUACUUAA